AUGAGGAACCUGAUCCUGGUGGCGCUGCUGCUGCUGCACCUGCCCGCAGAGCUGCUGUCCAUCCAGGUGGUGGUCCCCGAGACCGAGCGGAGCACCAUGCUGUUCGCCAGCGUCAUCCUGAGGUGUGACUACUCCACCUCGUCCACGGCGCAGGACGUCCUGGUCACCUGGAGGUUCAAGUCCUUCUGUAAGGACCCGGUGCUGGAGUACUACUCCACAGCCUACCAGGCGGCUCUGCAGCUGGGCCAGGACCCCUCCAACGACUGCCCGGACCGCCAGCGCACGGUGCGCACGGUGGUGCAGAAGAGGGGCCUGAACGAGCCCAUCCUGGGAGCCGAGUACCGCAACCGCAAGAUCACCAUUCAGAACAAGGCCGACCUGGUCAUCACCGAGGUCAUGUGGUGGGAUAACGGCGUGUACUUCUGUUCCAUCGACGCUGCCGGCGACACCACUGGGGACUCGGACCGAGAAAUCAAGCUCAUCGUCUACCACUGGCUGACGGUCCUGCUGAUCAUCCUGGGCGCGCUCAUGCUCCUCAUGCUCUGCUGCAUCUGCUGCUGCCAGUGCUGCCCGCAGAAGUGCUGCUGCUACGUCCGCUGUCCCUGUUGUCCUCAGACCUGCUGCUGCCCGGAGAAAGCCGUGAUGCAGCACCGGAUGCUGCGGGACGCUGAGAGAGCCAUGAACGGACAGCCUGUCUACGCUCCCAUCAGCUCCGCAGCCUCGUCCCAGGGUGUCCCCAUACUCUACUCAGGCUCUUACAGCGACUACCCCACUCAGCCGAACUUCUCCACGGCCCCCCUGCAGCUGUCCCCGCUGGGCCUGGAGCAGCAGCCCCCCCCUCCUGCUCCUCACCAUCUCAGCGGCAGCGUUGUAUUUGACAGCGGUGAGGAUUCAGACUGGGACCUCGACGACCUGAUGGUGGAGCGGCCAUUUGGCGUACAGCGCGCGAGGAGCCUGAGCAACUCUCCCUCACUGGUUAGUGAGCUGAAGUUCAUAUGGAGAAGCAGAGACAUGAGUCGGUAG